CCAACCUUCCCAACCACGCACACCAUAUUUUCUCUUCGGCCUUCCUGCGUGUGAUAGUGCGUCGUGCUGUGCAUUUUCCUACAAAAAAGUUAUUAAAAACUCACCAUUUUGCUACAAAUUUUCCAUAUUUUGGAAGCUCACGUCACGCACUACAUAAGGUGAACGCAUCUCCCACCAACACCACACCCUCCCCAAAACCCACUUUUCGCGGCUAGCUGUUGUAUAAUAUAAAAUCCGUCACGCUGGAUAAGAUGGCGCGUUACCGUGAGUGGGACCUGCAGUGCAAGGUUUACGUGGGCAAUUUGGGCUCGUCGGCGUCGAAGCACGAGAUCGAAAGUGCGUUCGGCAAGUAUGGCCCGCUGCGGAACGUCUGGGUGGCUCGCAAUCCUCCCGGUUUCGCCUUCGUAGAGUUCGAGGAUAAGCGUGAUGCGGAGGACGCAGUUCGCUCGCUGGAUGGAACACGAUGCUGCGGAACGCGUAUCCGGGUGGAGAUGUCUUCUGGCCGCUCGCGACGCGACGAACGCACCCGCCGACCCCGCCGCUCGUACAGGGCAAACUCUUCUAUGAUACUACUACUACUACUACUACUCCACGACAGCGUCUUCCGCCACAGAACAUCAUCUUGUCCAAAUUUUGCUAGUAGCGCUACUAGUGUUAAGUCUACUACCGCAACCACCACCACCACCACCACCACCAUCAAUUCCACCAAUUUUACCACCACCAUCACAACCACCAAAAAUACAACCACCACCACCACCACCACCACUACUACUACUUCUACUACUACUUCCACCACCAACAAUACUUCUACUGCGAGCAAGAGCCCCGGCCGGUGCGGCUCAAUCUCUUCUAGACCCGAUAAUUCGUUUUCCGGGGACCAACACCACCACCACCACCAUUACUACUGCUACUACUUCUACCAUUACUACUACUGCUACCACUCCUGCUGCUACUGCGUGCAUGCGCACGUGCUUCUUCCUGUACUUCCGCAAGCGCCCGUCGCCGCAACACCACUACUGGCAGCAGUGGCAGCAGCAGCAACAGCAGAAGCAGCAGCAGCAGCAACAACAGCGGCAGCGACAGCACUGCGCUUCCUCUUGCAGCGGGCUUCAGCAACGGCAGCGGCCCUCCAAUCCGACGGCCUACAGUUCUGCAGUUUGCUUCCCCUUCUACUGCUACUACUACUACCACUGCUACUACCACCACCACAACAACAACAACUACUACUACUACUACUGCUACUAGUUCAUCAUCUUCCUCCACAUCCUCUCCAUCAUCGGCUGGACAGUAGCGACGGUCGCCUGAGCAGCACCACCACGCACAGCCCCGUUCUUCUUCGCCGCGACACGUGCCGCCUUCAUCCAGUGCCCACGCCUCGUCCCCCGUGGUGAACACAGGCCCCACUCUGGUAUCGUCAACCCUUGACGAGCAGAAGGCAUCAUCGAACAAACACUCUUUGUCACCUUGGCCGACCAGUUGGUGUCUUGAUUUUCCCCCCACCGACUGCUGCCCCGUGCCCAAAACUGUGAACGUUGAGUAUGAUGCGCCUCUAACUGGCUGCUUGCAGAAGAACGGAUCAGCAGAUCACACACUCAGGUCUCCCGUUCCGACACACCUCCAAAUACCUUCUUCUCCGCCGUUUGAUGCGGUUCUUGGGAGGGGGAACAGUGCGCUCAACGUAAUAUGGAGGUCCUCGAUCUUCAGCGCCAUCUCACACACAUUGACACACAGACACGCACAGUAUGAUGGGCCGCUUGCUCGAAUCGCGCGUCUAUCCUCUCGUUCUCCCUGCAUCCUGCGACUCUUCUGGUAAGCCGAUGGUCACCGGAGCAGGAGUGGAUGAAGCCAACGCGAAGUCAUCGCAACAAACCGCCAACCAGCCAGCCAAACCACCCCGCCGAUGGCUUCCGCUCAUCCCCUCCCGCUCCGGCCAAGCUUGGCGCGAGUCUCCGGAUUCUUUCUCUGUUUUUUUUUUCUUUUCUUUUUUCUGUAUCUCUUUCCCAGUGAGAUCGCUUCAGUUCGCGUUUGUGCUUCGGCCAUCACGCUGUUUUUCGGCGCAGCUUGUAUUGCUGUGCGCACUGCCAAAGAACCAACCUGCCGUCGCUCUGCCCCCCUCUUAGGGGUGGGGCGCCCAUCAACCCACGCGAACACACACACAACUUGCCAUCAUCUCAUCCUUGAGCUUCGGCUGCGCGCUACUAUGCUACGGGGUGUGGGGAGCUUUACUGCGCCGAUCCUUUUGCACCGCCGCCUGCCAACUUUAUCAUCACCACCGACCAUACUCCACCGAUCCUCUUCUCUACUAGACUUCUAUUUACUACCUACUACUACUGUCAACACUUCUUUGCUACUACUACUACCACCACUACUGCUACUUGUCCUGCACCAUCAUCGUCAUCAAAUGGGCGACGUCCUUUUGCAAAACGGGUUAAAGCUGCAAAGAACACGUUCUCGACGAUGUUGUUCGUCGUGGUUUCUGCCGUGCUGCUCAACCUCUUCACGCCGUAAAGGCUGCUUUCUUCUACUGCUAGCUCACCAUAAUUGCUACGGUGCUGUGCUGCCUAUUUUGGUGUAUUUUAUGAACCAUCAUACCACCACCACCAACAACAACACCACCGGGAUGGACUUUAUUCUCCCUCGGGCUCCUCUUUUUGCGACCAUCCAACCACUUCUUGGCAUGAUACGGCUUUGCGCAUCGCUCGGUGAGCUUCGUCGUCGUGCAUCACAUCACCGUUUUGUGUGCAGUUAAUUCCCCAACGGCGAGCAGCAACAGCAGCGAUAGCAAACAGGCCCUUUAUUAAUAGUUCCCACUCCGCUAGUUGUAACGCUAUUGAACCAUCGCAACU